AUGAGCAACAACAUCCAGUACAACUUCAUCAACUGCGAUGACACGCCCAAAACACACCGCGCCGUGAUGUGCAACAGAUUCCUCAUUCUCAAGCCCCCGAGGGAGCUAUUUCGACGGAGUGUGGCAAUAGCGCAUCGUGUCACAACCAAUAGGUGCACGACUGCUCAGCGCGUCAAGAAUAUACAACCUAUAGGGGUGCUGCCCGCCUCUUCGGCCAUGUCGCCGGCCACGUAUACGGAAACGACGCCCAGGAUGAGCUCGGUGAUCGACCUGACAUCUCCAGCGGCUUCGGCUCUGCUAGUGGAAGUUUCCACGCAGAUUUCGGCGCAGGGCGACGCCAGUGGCCGAUGGCUACGGGCUUGCUGCCCUCUCUGGGACGUCACAGAGCCGCGAGACUCGCUGACGGUCGACAAGAAGGAGAAGGACAAGAAGCAGAGCAAGCAGCGCAUCACGGUGUCCGUAGCCAUCAACGCAGACGGCUCCGAUCGGCUUCUGUUGCACUUCAUUGGGAAGUCGAAAGUGCCGACCCCGUUGAGAAACCGCGAUGUGCUGGCGGAGAUCGGAGCCAUGUACACCAACACUGCGAAGGCGUGGAUAAACAAAUUAAAACACUGUGAUUGGUUUCUAGAGCAAAAUGAAUGA